AUCAUCAUCAUCAUCAUCAUCAUCACAUUCAUCAUAUUCAACUGACACAGCAGCAAGCGCUGCAAUGGACGAGGAGAUGACCAUAACUAGCGUCUAUAAUGAAAACCAAUCCAAGACUGCAGCCGCCCGUAUUGUUAUCCCACGAGUAUUAGGAUCAACAGACGUGUCGGCAUCAGAACCGACUAAUACACUUGCAAGGAUACACAAGGACGAUCAGGCAUUGCCAUUAAUCUGUGUUGACGAUACCAAUGACAGCAUUUCAUCAACCUCCAUGUCAACAACAAAGGCGGCGUUAUCUCUUCAAGAAGCUCUUUUAAUGACAAGUACAUCAACCUCAACCACAGCAUCAUCUCCGCUUUGUCCAAAGCGCAAAGUGGGCCAAGACGAAAAACCCGUGGACCAGAUAAUGUGCAGUACAAGCACAGCAUCCCAUUCCAGGCAACCCCUCUCAGGACAGCCUACCCGACAAACAUUACAGGGCCUGCCCACUCAUCGGAACCAGACUCCAGUCUGGAGCAGCCAUCCAUACAAACAAGCGUCCGGUCACAUCAGGCACGAAUGGCCCAAGGACAAGGCGCACGAAAGCCCCAUCAGGAGCAACAUUGGCACCACCGCACCCAAGAACAUGAGGGGGUCAAUGGAGAGUCGAAAACGGACCCUCAGGCGCCUUUAAUGACAUAAUAACGUU